AUGGCUACCGAUCCCACAUCGCUGUCUCCGACUUCUCCGGUGGAUACCAGUCGCGUAGACGUCUUCUGGCACGAAGGAAUGCUCCGACAUGACGCCGUCGAAGGCGUCUUCGACACCGGAAUCGACCCAGGAUUCCUAGACGUAUUGGAGAAACACCCGGAGAACGCCGACCGCAUCAGAAACAUGGUUUCCAUUCUCCAACGCGGUCCCAUCGCUCCCCAUCUCAAUUGGUUUCUCGGCCGUCCCGCCAUCGUAUCGGAGCUUCUAACGUUUCACACUCCAGAAUACAUAGACAAACUAGUGGACACAGAUAAAUCAGGAGAAAGGCGUGAAAUCGCCGGUGGUACUUUCUUCAGCCCAGGCUCUUGGGAAGCUGCUCUUCUCGCAGCUGGAACUACUCUAUCAGCAAUGCAACACAUUCUUGAGAGCCAUGGCAAGAUAGCAUACGCUCUGGUACGACCACCGGGCCACCACUCACAGCCUACUCAAGCCGACGGAUACUGCUUCCUCAACAACGCCGGUCUUGCAGUGAAGCUGGCAUUGGAUUCGGGUUCUUGCUCUCGAGUCGCGGUGAUUGACAUCGAUGUGCACUACGGGAAUGGCACAGCUGAAGGGUUUUACAGAUCUGAUAAGGUUCUUACUGUGUCGCUACAUAUGAACCAUGGCUCGUGGGGAUCGUCUCACCCGCAGAAAGGGACGGUUGAUGAACUUGGUGAAGACUUGGGGUUUGGUUAUAACCUUAAUGUCCCUUUACCUAACGGCACCGGUGACAAGGGUUAUGAAUAUGCCAUGGUAGAGCUUGUGGCUCCUGCAGUUACAAAGUUUGGACCUGACAUGGUUGUUCUUGUUGUUGGUCAAGACUCCAGCGCUUUUGAUCCAAAUGGGAGACAAAGCUUGACGAUGAAUGGAUACAGAAGGAUUGGAGAGAUAAUGAGGAGAGUGGCGGAGGAGCAGAGCAAUGGAAGGUUGCUUCUGGUGCAAGAAGGAGGGUAUCAUGUAACAUAUGCAGCUUACUGCCUCCACGCAUUGCUUGAAGGAGUGCUCAAGAUGCCGCAACCGCUUUUAUCUGAUCCCAUUGCUUACUAUCCUGAAGAUGAAGCUAUUGCUGUUGAUUGUGUUGAAUCAAUCAGAAGAUACCACUCGGAGAAUGUUCCAUUUCUCAGAGGCACUUGA